ACCUAAUGAUCAAACACACAUUGAGCAAGAAGCAAAGCCAAGGGAAACUGGAGAUCUCAGGUACCUCCGACAAUGUGUUUUGUUUCAAACAACUGAACACACCGGAGAACCAUUUCAAACACAAAAAGCAGCGAAAACAACACGGACACGGUUUGGAUUUAAUUUGUCGUGUGGUUGGAAUACAUUGACCGUAAUCAACUGCCAAUUUGAAAUAUAAAGAACACAAUCAUUUGCAAUUUUGCUUAAGUAAACUGUAUUUUGGACCAAGAUGAAAGCUAAAAAAGGAAUGCUAACGCUGUCUGGCAGUGAAACCGAGGACGAUGACAGCAUGGGUGUCCCGCUUGACCUGUCCGCUACAGGCAAUGGGAAGAGGAAAAGACGUGGGAAUCUGCCUAAAGAAUCAGUGGAAAUUCUGAGAGACUGGCUUUAUGAACAUCGGUAUAAUGCAUACCCUUCUGAACAGGAGAAAGCACUUCUCUCCAAACAGACUCAUCUUUCCACACUACAGGUCUGUAAUUGGUUCAUCAAUGCUCGUCGGAGGCUUCUGCCAGACAUGCUGCGAAAAGAUGGUAAAGACCCCAACCAGUUUACCAUUUCACGAAGAGGGAGUAAAAUGUCAGAGUCAAAUUUCAUAGAAAGCUCUAUGUCCCCCAAACCCUUGCUUUCUGGGAGCUUGGACGAGAGAUCAUUCCACCCUUCUAACUCGGGACCAAGCCUAUCCAGCAAACCCCUUUCACCAAAGAGCCCUUCUCCAGGUACAGUGCUUCCCAGGCCAUCAGUUAUAUGCCAUACCACCAUCACUGCACUGCAAGAAAGGCCCUUGCAUUACUGCCAAACAAUCAUGGACAAAGCAGCCACAGACUUGCAUUCCACAAAAGUUUCCGGUCUCUUCAAAUGUCAUGAAGAAGCAGAAACAGAAGGUAAUUCAAGCCCUCAGAGUGGGCUUUUCAACACUCCUCCCCCCACUCCUCCAGAUCUCACCCAGGACUUUAGCGGCUUCCAGCUCUUGGUGGAUGUUGCACUGAAACGAGCAGCAGAGAUGGAACUGCAGGCAAAGCAACUUGUGUCUUAAAAGUCUCAACUGGAAUGCAAAAAAUAGACUGGAUUUACUGACCAAACUUACACACACACACACAAUAUUUUUGGUUGAUUCAAAUUGAUGAUGAGGACUACCGUGUAUUAAGGAUUUUUUUAUUUUUAUUUUAUAUAUAUAUAUUUUUUUUUUGCACAAAAGAGGACCAAAAAACAAGGCCUCCUUCAACUUUUUUUUUUUUUUUUUUAAUAAUGAUGGAUUUAUUGGCUAAGUAGAUACAGGUGUACUUUAUGUUCCUUACUAAAUAGUUUAAAUGGGGUUCUUCAUUUUCA